UAAAUAGAAGCUAAUUAUCAUUUCAUUUAAAUUAUAGUUUUUUUGGUUUUACAAUAUAAUUUUAAUUAAUAAAAAAACACGAGUUUCGGUCGCAAUGCAGCAAAAAGUUUGUACGUUCUACAUACAAUCCUUUAAAUAUCUAAAAAUUUUUUAUUGAUUCGGUAUCAAGUGCGAAAGCAUUAAUUUUAAUUCUUUUAUUGGAGACACGUACUCUUAUGGUAACGUCGGCAUACUAUCUGUUAACUGUACCGUGAAGCCGUCUGGUACUUCUGUAUCUGCAGAUUAUUGUGUGAUUUUCACCCUCUGCAAAACUUUUCUCUCAAUCUAAAGCAGGCAAAAAUCAGAAAGAUGACCGUAUUUUUUCGUGUACGAAAAAAUUGAACAAGUUAAAAUACUUUUGCGUGUUUAAGAAAAUAAAAUUAUGGUGUUACAACUUGUUCCUUUUAUUCCAUUUUUAAAUUUCUUUGUAGAAAUCGUUGUUCCAUUAAGAAGAACAAUACCUCUUUUAAUUCAAUUUGAUUCUUCAUAUAAAGAAACGGAUUCCACCGAAAUUAGAAUCAAUGAAAUCCAGUGGACAAUGUAUUGGAUUGUAUUCACAAUAUAUCGGUGGCUUUUAAACAAAGACUAUGUGUCAAAUAUAUUAGAAAAGUUACCUUUUCACCGCGAGUUGAAAUUCGCUUUCAUUUUUUGGCUUGUCAGUCAGGAAUUUCAGGGUGCUGCUUGGAUAUGGUUUAACAUUGUCGAAAUUCGUUUUGAGAAACUGUAUCAUCUACUUACAUAUCAUUUUCCUUUGAAUAAACAACUUGUUAAUUAUUUUAUCAACAUGACCAAUGCAGAACGAAGUAACAAAAAAGUCACCUUAAGCCGACAAGAAAAAUAUACAAAGGCUACAACAAUUUUAAAUUCUCUUACUGAGGCCACAAAGAUUUUUUAAUAUUUUUUUUUGGUUGGAUUUUAGGCGUGAAUGAAUAAAAUUAAAAAAAUUAUAUUAAGAAAUUUUUAACUUAAAAUUAAUUAUAUGUUAAAUUCACAAAAGAAUAUGUUUAAUAACA